AUGAGUCACAAUGCCCUAAAGAUCAGCAUGGAAAUUCUGCAGAGUCCCAUAAUCCUACUAAGCAUCUCGCUUGCAAGUCUGGCUUUCCUGAUGAUCCAUUCAUUCCGCCAGCGCGUGAUCCGCGCACUAUACUACGCCAGUGCGCAUCCCAUCCGGACCCAAAUAGCCGUGUUCUGUUUCACAUUCCUAGUUACCAUGCUCGCCAUGUCUCUAGGCUGGAGACCUUCCGGCACCAAUGUUGUGACAUUCACCACAGACAACGGAACGGUGUACUCGACUGAUGCCGGGGAUUAUAACCAGCUGUAUAACCGGUUGGCCAAGUCUUUGGAAGAGAAUCCUCACGCGGAGAUAGAAGUUGAGUUGGUUUCGUUUGUGAGGCUGAUUGAUGGAGAAAAGAGGAAUUUUAUUCUUAUUGAGGAGGGGAAGUACCAAGAUGAUCAGGGUAGGAUCUGGACUCUGAGUGACCUCCAAGCUCAUCCUCGAGAAGAAUUGAUAAAUGUCUUCGGACUUUGCACCUCUGAAGAUUAUUUUGACGUCAAAUUUGGGUACACUGUGCUGGAAAUUGAAUAUGAGAUGUGUUCGGUAAUUCAUACGCAUUUGUGCCCAACAUAG